CCGCUCCCCACCCCGCGGGUCCGACCGCAGGGCGCGGGCAGGCGCGGCGCCGAGCGGCGGCUGCAGACACCCUUCUUCCUUAAAGAACCUCUGGACUGGCUGGAGUACGACCUGUCAAUCUAGGAAGCUGGGCCCUAUUGUAUUUGAAGGUCCUCCGACCAGUGAGCACGUUUCUGGUGAGAAGUUCUCUUGGUGCCUUUAAGUCCAUUUCUCCUGAUGGAGCUGUGAUUUCUCCACAAAUUCGCCUGAGAACGAAAUCUGCAGGACGAGUGGACAGAAGAAAUGGUCAGCUAUCAGGGACGGCUGACCUUCCAGGAUGUGGGUCUAGAAUUCUCUCAGGAAGAAUGGGAAUGCCUGAACCACAGACAGCGGGAACUGUACGCGGAUGUGAUACUGGAGACCUAUGGGCACCUCCUCUUCUUGGGUCUCCUUGUAUCGAAACCAGACCUGGUCAUCUUUUUGGAGCACGAGAAGGAGCUGUGGGGUGUGAAGAGACAGGAGACAGUAGCCUCACACCCAGCUGUAUCUUCACCAUGCACCCAGAGUUUCCUGCGAACGUCGUCCUUAGGACAUUCUCUUCAAAAAGUGCCAACAGGGGAACAUAGUACCCUUGAGAAUUUCCAGUUACUGAUAGACCGGGUCAGCAAUGGGGAGAGUGAAGGGCAUCAAACAUAUCCUGACGGCCAUACCCAAGCAGCGACAUCUGCCCAUAGAAAGAAUCUCAGUGCCCCAAGUGGUGAACAAUAUAAAGUAUUUGGCAAAACUUGCCCUUUCAAGUUAGCUACUUCUGUCAAGAUGUGUGUUUCAGUAACCAAAAACUCAAAUCACAUAUUCAAACAUAAAUAUUUGUUGAAGGAAGAUUUUGAAAAUCAGGAAAGUGACCUCAUUUGUGUUGAAAAUAAGUAUUUGACCCAAUUUGAAAAUGGACUUGGACUGACAUUUCACUCAAUUGUUUCUGAGAAUCAUAGAUUUAAAACUGAAGAAGAAAGUGUUAAGUGGAAACAACUUGAGGGGCACAUCAGAGAGAGGUCACCCCAACAAAAUUACGAGACAAUUUCGAAUGGACAUAGAAUUGCUAUUUGCAGUGAAUCUGAGACGAAAUUUAACCAAGGCUCCAACGUUAAAAAACAUCUGCGUACUCAUUUGCCAGAAAACCAUGUUGAACAUAAUAAAGGUGAAGAAGUCUUGUCUCAAAGACCUAAACGUAUCAUACAGAACAGUACGCAUCUGGAAUACAAUCCUUAUAAAUACAGAGAACAUGGGAACGCUCUGCAUCUGUCCUCCAGUGUUGGUGAUCAUGAGACAAUUUGUGUGGGACAAAACCCAUUCUCAAGUAAUACCUCUGGAAACACAUUUAGUCAGUCACUGAGACUAAAUAGACAUAAGACAAAUGGUACUGGAGAGAAAAGGUACACUUAUAAGGACCGUGGCCUCGUCUUUCAUUGGCAUUCAACACUUUCUAAACAUCAGCGAAUGCAUGCUGGAGAGACGUCCUACAACUGUGAAGAAUGUGGUCAAACUUUUAAGGACUGCUCAUCACUAAAUAUACAUAGGCAAAUCCAUAUUAGGGAGAGACUUGACAAAUGUCAACAAUGUGGCAAGGCCUUUAUUAGGCACUCCAACCUUACUAGACAUCAGAGCAUGCAUAUUGGAGAGAACCCUUACCAAUGUAAAGAAUGCACCCAAGCCUUUAAAGAGAACUCAAAUGUCACUUAUCAUCACAUGGUUCUCACUGAAGAGAAAUCUUACCAAUGUAAAGAAUAUGACAAGGUCUUUCUCGAGCACUCACACCUUAGUCAACAUCUCAGAAUUCCUACUGAGGAGAAACCUUACAAAUGUGAAUAUGGCAAGGACUUUACAAAACACUCAUGCCUAACUCAACAUCACAAAAUUCAUACUGGAGAGAAAACUUACAAAUGUGAACAAUGUGGCAAGGCCUUUUGCCAGCACUCACACCUUACUUUACAUCUCAGAAUUCAUACUGCAGAGAAACCUUACAAAUGUCAAAAAUGUGGAAUGGCCUUUAGCCAGCACUCAGGCCUUACUAAACAUCACAGACUUCAUACUGGAGAGAAACCUCACAAAUGUGUAGAGUGUGGCAAGACAUUUACCCGGUACUCAAGCCUUACUCUACAUCUCAGAAUCCAUACUGGAGAGACACCUUACAAAUGUGAAGAAUGUGGCAAGACCUUUAUAAACCACUCAAACCUUACUCAACAUCAAAGAAUUCAUACUGGAGAGAAACCUUACAAAUGUCAAGGAUGUGGCAAGGCCUUUAUCAAACCUUCAAGGCUUUCUGAACAUUUUAGAAUUCAUAGUGGAGAGAAACCUUACAAAUGUCAAGAAUGUGGCAAGUCCUUUAUAAGGCAUUCAAGCCUUUCUGAGCAUCACAGAAUUCAUAGUGGAGAGAAACCUCACAAAUGUCAAGAAUGUGGCAAGACCUUUACACGUUACUCAAGCCUUACUCUACAUCUCAGAAUCCAUACUGGAGAGAAACCUUACAAAUGUCAAGAAUGUGGCAAGGCCUUUAGCAACCAAUCAAGCCUUCGUUACCAUCUCAAAAUUCAUACUGGAGACAAACCUCACAAAUGUCAAGAAUGUGGCAAGACCUUUCGCCAACAUUCAGGCCUUACUCUACAUCUCAGAAUCCAUACUGGAGAGAAACCUUACAAAUGUCAAGAAUGUGGCAAGGCCUUUCGCUACCACUCAAGCCUUACUCUACAUUACAGAAUUCAUACUGGAGAGAAACCUUACAAAUGUCAAGAAUGUGGCAAGGCCUUUCGCCACCACUCAAGCCUUACUCUACAUCUCAGAAUCCAUAGUGGAGAGAAACCUCACAAAUGUCAAGAAUGUGGCAAGGCCUUUAACCACCACUCAGACCUUCGUCUCCAUCUCGGAAUUCAUACUGGAGAGAAACCUUACAAAUGUCAAGAAUGUGGCAAGGCCUUAAUUACCCCAUCACACCUUACUGAACAUCUCAGAAUUCAUUCUGGAGAGAAACCUUACAAAUGUGAGGAAUGUGGCAAGACCUUUAUUAACCACUCAAACCUCACUCAACAUCUCAGAAUUCAUACUGGAGAGAAACCUUACAAAUGUCAAGAAUGUGGCAAGGCCUUUAUCAAGCCCUCAAGCCUUUCUGAACAUCUUAGAAUUCAUAGUGGAGAGAAACCUUACAAAUGUCAAGUAUGUGGCAAGUCCUUUAUAAGGCACUCAAGCCUUUCUGAGCAUCACAGAAUUCAUAGUGGAGAGAAACCUCACAAAUGUCAAGAAUGUGGCAAGGCCUUUAUCAAACCCUCAAGCCUUUCUCAACAUCUUAGAAUUCACAGUGGAGAAAAACCUUACAAAUGUCAAGAAUGUGGCAAGUCCUUUAUAAGGCACUCAAGCCUUUCUGAGCAUCACAGAAAUCAUAGUGGAGAGAAACCUCACAAAUGUCAAGAAUGUGGCAAGACCUUUAGCCGGUACUCAAGCCUUACUCUACAUCUCAGAAUCCAUAGUGGAGAGAAACCUCACAAAUGUCAAGAAUGUGGCAAGGCCUUUCGCCACCACUCAAGCCUUACUCUACAUCUCAGAAUCCAUAGUGGAGAGAAACCUCACAAAUGUCAAGAAUGUGGCAAGGCCUUUCGCCAACCCUCAGGCCUUACUCUACAUCUCAGAAUCCAUACUGGGGAGAAACCUUACAAAUGUCAAGAAUGUGGCAAGACCUUUCGCCAACAUUCAGGCCUUACUGAACAUCUCAGAAUUCAUUCUGGAGAGAAACCUUACAAAUGUCAAGAAUGUGGCAAGGCCUUUCGCCACCACUCAACCCUUACUCUACAUUUCAGAAUUCAUACUGGAGAGAAACCUUACAAAUGUCAAGAAUGUGGCAAGGCCUUUCGCCAGCACUCAAGCCUUACUCUACAUCUCAGAAUUCAUACUGGAGCGAAACCUUACAAAUGUUAAGAAUGUGGCAAGACCUUUAGCCGGUACUCAUGCCUUACUCUACAUCUCAGAAUCCAUAGUGGAGAGAAACCUUACAAAUGUCAAGAAUGUGGCAAGACCUUUAGCCGGUACUCAAGCCUUACUCUACAUCUCAGAAUUCAUACUGGAGAGACACCUUACAAAUGUGAAUAAUGUGGCAAGACCUUUAUAAACCACUCAAACCUUACUCAACAUCAAAGAAUCCAUAGUGGAGAGAAACCUCACAAAUGUCAAGUAUGUGGCAAGGCCUUUAUCAAACCCUCAAGCCUUUCUGAACAUUUUAGAAUUCAUAGUGGAGAGAAACCUUACAAAUGUCAAGAAUGUGGCAAGUCCUUUAUAAGGCACUCAGGCCUUUCUGACCAUCACAGAAUUCAUAGUGGAUAGAAACCUCACAAAUGUCAUGAAUGUGGCAAGACCUUUACACGGUACUCAAGCCUUAUUCUGCAUCUCAGAAUCCAUAGUGGAGAGAAACCUCACGAAUGUCAAGAAUGUGGCAAGGCCUUUCGCCAACUCUCAGGCCUUACUCUACAUCUGAGAAUCCAUACUGGAGAGAAACCUCACAAAUGUCAAGAAUGUGGCAAGGCCUUUAGCAACCAAUCAAGCCUUCGUCACCAUCUCAAAAUUCAUACUGGAGAGAAACCUCACAAAUGUCAAGAAUGUGGCAAGGCCUUUCGCCAACACUCAGGCCUUACUCUACAUCUCAGAAUCCAUACUGGAGAGAAACCUUACAAAUGUCAAGAAUGUGGCAAGACCUUUCGCCAACAUUCAGGCCUUACUCUACAUGUCAGAAUUCAUUCUGGAGCGAAACCUUACAAAUGUCAAGAAUGUGGCAAGGCCUUUCGCCACCACUCAAGCCUUACUCUACAUUUCAGAAUUCAUACUGGAGCGAAACCUUACAAAUGUCAAGAAUGUGGCAAGGCCUUUAGCAAGCACUCAAGGCUUACUCUACAUCUCAGAAUUCAUACUGGAGAGACACCUUACAAAUGUGAAGAAUGUGGCAAGACCUUUUUAAAACACUCAAACCUUACGCAACAUCAAAGAAUUCAUACUGGAGAGAAACCUUACAAAUGUCAAGAAUGUGGCAAGGCCUUUAUCAAGCCCUCAAGCCUUUCUGAACAACUUAGAAUUCAUAGUGGAGAGAAACCUUACAAAUGUCAAGGAUGUGGCAAGUCCUUUAUAAGGCACUCAAGCCUUUCUGAGCAUCACAGAAUCCAUAGUGGAGAGAAACCUCACAAAUGUCAAGAAUGUGUCAAGACCUUUAGCCCGUACUCAAGCCUUACUCUACAUCUCAGAAUCAUAGUGGAGAGAAACCUUACAAAUGUCAAGAAUGUGGCAAGACCUUUAGCCGGUACUCAUGCCUUACUCUACAUCUCAGAAUUCAUACUGGAGAGAUACCUUACAAAUGUCAGGAAUGUGGCAAGACCUUUAGCCAGUACUCAAGCCUUACUCUACAUCUCAGAAUUCAUACUGGAGAGAAAUCUUACAAAUGUGAAGAAUGUAGCAAUGCCUUUCGUCAAUGCCUACAAGUUACGCAACAUCACCGAAUGCAUACCCAAGAGAAACCAUAGCAAUGUGAAGAGUGUGGCCAGCCUUUCCCCACCGGCCAAUACUUUCCAAACAUCACAGAAUUCAUAUAAGAGAGAGGCUUGAAAAAUGUUAAAAGAAUGUCAGUGCUUGUAAGUGGCCUUCAGCCCCUACUGGACAUCAGAGAAUUCCUAGUGGAGAGUAACCAUAGAAAUGUAAACCACGUGGCAGGCUCUCCUUGUUCGUCCCAACGUACUCAACAUUGUAGUUAUCACAUAGGAGCAAAACUGAAGUGGAAAGAAAGUGGCCUCCCCUUUACGGCGAAUUCAAUCUUUGCUCAGUGUCAUAAAAUGCUCCCUUGAUGCAAACCCUAGACAUGUAAUGAAUGAGGAAAGACCACAUUUUAAAUUACACUCUAGCAGACACUAAAGAGGGCAUAGAAGAAAGUAACUGGAAGGAUAGAUUUACAGAAGUAUUGAACAUCAAAUGUCACUAAUGUUACAGACAUCAAGUAGAAUGCAGCACCUCAGUCACUCUCUUCAGACAUUACACCAAAAUACUUGUAGGGAAUAACAGAAAGUUACCACUUUAAACACAUGGGGCUUUUCUGUAUUAGUGAAUGGGUUUUACCUAGCUAUAAUUAAUUUUAAUAUGUGCUUUUUGGGAGCCAUUCUGUACUCAGUAGUUGAGAAUACUCCUUGUGAGGUUAAGGCAGGUUUGCAAGGCCUCCUGCUAUCAGAUGAUGACUGAUAUCCACCCCCACUCAAAUGUUUUGGCUUGAGCACAAACGCCACAGGCACCUUGUUGAUUGGUAUCCAGAGUGACUUGUCCCAGUUUUCUGGCCCCAAAAUGCUCAUUGCCCCUUGUGAAGAAACUUAUUGUAGGAACUCCUUUUGUGAUUAUGGGAGCAAACAUUGUGUUUCCUGAGAAUUCUGUUUUUCUUAUACUUCCCCCUUAAGCAGACAGGCUGUUGACCCUUGCUCCCGAAGAACUACCUUCUGGCUCUGGUAUGCUAAAAACAUUGUCUUGAAUUACGCCUAAGGUACCUUCCUUCCCUAUAUGAUAAGCAUCUAAAUUACCUACAUCAAUCACUGUUGAUAAAGGUAAUGCACCAGGCUUCUGUAAAUCUAUAUUCUGGAAAUUCUUUCUUAGCAAAAAAUUUGUCAUCAGAAAUCAUUGUCUAAGGCAAAUGUCACUCCUGUGCUGUUCCCCAUACGCUUAACCAGAAACAAAGCUGAGUCUCAGUCAGAGCAGAGAUGCCUGCCUGGUGAUCAGAAAGAA